GAGUGGGAUUGAAUUAAAAAGGACAGAAAUCCCUCCAUUUUUGUCCAUUGUCAACCACCAGUCCAGUAACCACCAUCCCCCAUAAAAUAUGAAUCCAAAAUCAAUCUCGUGAAAUUCACAAAAUUAGAUCAUUAGAUAGACAACUAGAGGAAGAGGACUUACCUCAAAACCCCACCUCUCAUUUCUCUCACUCACUCAAACUCAAACUCAAACUCAAACUCAAACUCUCCAAUGGCUUCCGCCGCUUUCUCUCUCCUCCCCUCCACCUCCUCCACCACCUUUAACCGCCAUGCCACCACCAAACUCCUCAACCUCAAAUUCCUCCACAACCACCGUAACAAACCCUUCUUCACCACCACAAUCAAAUCUCUCUCUUCUCCCUCCCCAACACCAGUCUUAACUCAAGACGAUCUCAAGAAACUCGCCGCCGAAAAAGCCGUCGACUCCGUCAAAUCCGGCAUGGUUCUCGGUCUCGGAACCGGAAGUACUGCCGCAUUUGCUGUCUCGCGAAUCGGCGAGCUUCUCUCUGCCGGAAAACUGACCAACAUCGUUGGAAUUCCUACCUCGAAGCGGACCGCAGAGCAGGCGGCGUCUCUUGGAAUUCCGCUCUCCGUUCUCGAUGAUCAUCCUCGAAUUGACCUCGCCAUUGAUGGCGCCGAUGAGGUUGAUCCUGAUCUUAAUCUGGUUAAGGGGCGCGGUGGGGCGCUCUUGAGAGAAAAGAUGGUUGAAGCUGCUAGUGAUAAAUUUAUUGUUGUUGUUGAUGAUACUAAGCUUGUUGAUGGUUUGGGUGGUAGUCGUCUUGCUAUGCCUGUUGAAGUUGUUCAAUUUUGCUGGAAAUAUAAUCUCAAGAGAUUACAGGAGAUCUUUAAGGAGCUGGGUUGUGAGGCAAAAUUGAGAAUGGAAGGGGAUAGCAGUCCUUAUGUGACUGACAACUCGAAUUACAUCGUGGAUUUAUACUUCCCGACCUCGAUUAAGGAUGCUGAAGCUGCAGGGAGAGAAAUUUCGGCCUUGGAAGGCGUAGUAGAACAUGGGUUGUUCUUGGGUAUGGCUAGCGAAGUCAUCAUUGCUGGGAAAACUGGAGUUAGUGUGAAAACCAAGUGAUUUUUGUUGGUUUGAUUGGUUGACUUCCGGGUAUGGAAUAGUCUCCCUCUCCCCAGAAUACCUACUUGUUUUUCAUUUUUAUAUAUGUUCUCUCUCACUUCAUGUAAUGUUUAGAUGAGUUUCUGGGGUCUGGUUUGAUAUUUUUGCAUCUGUUGUAUCUGUUUAUUGUUUUGAUUUUAGCUAAUUGUGUUAUGAAGUGUAGAUGAGGAAUCAAUGGCGAGAUACAAGGAUAACUUAUUUAAUUGUGUACAUUACGCUCUGGUGCAAUAAAAUUUAGCAAGUUUGAAAAA